AUGCCAUCACUUGAAAUUUCGGGUAAUAUUAGUAAUUUUGAAAACUUAAUAACUAUUUCGGUAAUUUUCGGAAUCUAUUAGUAUAGUCGUCACUGAAACAGUGAAACUAAACCACUCAGGUGAGCAACGGAACCAAAAAAAAUAAAUAAACUAAACCGAACCAAUCGAUGAAUCGUCUCUUCACCAAACCGCUCUGCACCUCCGCCGCCGGAGCCAACCUAAAACCCCCGCCGCCCGAUUCCGCCGCCAUCUCCAAGCUCAUCCUCUCAUCUCCCACAAAAACACUCCCGUCAAAAACCCCAUGGACACCACACCUCGUGAACUCAAUCCUGAAACGCCUCUGGAACCACGGCCCAAAGGCCCUCCACUUCUUCCACCUCCUCGACCGCCGCCACCACAGCUACAUCCACUCCCCCUGCUCCUUCGACCUCGCGAUCGACAUCGCCGCCCGCCUCCGCCUCCACACCACCGUCUGGUCCUUAAUCCGCCGCAUGCGCUCCCUCCGCCUCGGUCCCUCCCCUAAAACCUUCGCGAUCGUCGCCGAGAGGCUCGCCUCCUCCGGGAAGCCAGACAAAGCCGUCAACCUCUUCCUCAACAUGCACGAGCACGGCUGUCCCCAGGAUCUCGCCUCCUUCAACACGAUCCUCGACAUCCUCUGCAAAUCGAAACGCGUGGAGAGAGCUUACGAGCUAUUCAGGGAUCUCAGAGGGAGGUUCGGCGCUGCUGACGUGGUGACUUACAACGUGAUGGUCAACGGCUGGUGUUUGAUCAAACGCACACCAAAGGCCUUGGAGGUUUUAAAAGAGAUGGUUGAGAGAGGGAUCAAACCUAAUCUCACCACUUACAACACUAUGCUGAAAGGCUUCUUCAGAGCGGGGCAGGUUAGGCAGGGGUGGGAGUUUUUCUUGGAGAUGAAGAAACGUAACUCUGGUGGUGUCGAUGUUGUUACCUACACGACGGUGGUUCACGGUCUUGGUGUCUCCGGGGAGGUGAAGAGAGCUGAGAAAGUGUUCGAUGAGAUGAUUAGAGAAGGAGUGCUUCCUUCUGUCGCCACGCACAAUGCGUUGAUCCAGGUUCUGUGUAAGAAAGACAGCGUGGAGAAGGCGGUUUUGGUGUUUGAGGAGAUGUUGAGGAAAGGUUACGAACCGAACGUGACGACUUACAAUGUGUUGAUAAGAGGGUUGUUUCACGCUGGGGAGUUUGCUCGAGGAGAGGAGAUGAUGGGGAGGAUGGAGAAGGAAGGGUGUGAGCCGAGCUUCCAGACGUAUAAUAUGAUGAUACGGUAUUAUUCGGAGCGCGGCGAGAUUGAGAGAGCGUUGGGUUUGUUUGAGAAGAUGGGGAGUAGUGGGGGUUGCUUGCCGAAUUUGGAUACGUAUAAUGUGCUGAUAAGUGGGAUGUUUGUGAGGAAGAGAUCGGAAGAUAUGGUGGUGGCUGGUAAACUGUUGCUUGAGAUGGUUGAGAGAGGGUUUGUGCCGAGGAAGUUUAUUUUUAAUCGAGUUCUGAAUGGGCUUCUUUUGACGGGGAAUCAAGGUUUCGCAAAGGAGAUCUUGAGGUCGCAGAGUCAAUCUGGUAGCCGACUCACCAGGAAAUUCAGGCUAUGAAUCUCUUACAUACAUG